AUGGAGGGGGCAGCAGCUGCUGCUGCACGCGACGGCGCAGACAGCAUUGCACACAAGCAGCAGCAGCAGCAGCAGCAGCAGCAGCAGCAGCAGCAAAGAGCUUUGCUGGAGCCUUUGAGAGACGAAGGGUCUCGCCGUGCUGCUGCUGCUGCUCUCUAUCAUCCUUGUGCUACAAAUGCGCCAGUAGACACUGCUGCUGCUGUUGCUGCAGCAGCAGCAGCAGCACAGAGCGACUUCAACGAGGCUUUAUUUGCUGCUGAGACGAUACCAGAAGAGCAGCAGCAGCAGCAGCAGCAGCAGCACUGCCAGGACUCCCAGGUGGCAGCAGCUCUAUCCGUGUCAGUCAACAUUAGGCAAACAGCAGCAGCAGCAGCAGCAGCAGCAACAGCUGCUGCUGUUGCACACGAAGAAGACAAGGAUGAAAAAAAAGGACAGCAGCCCGCUGCAGCAGCUGUGUCUGCUGCGGCUGCUGCUGCUGCUGCAGGUGCUUCUAGUGCCCCUCCUGAGCCUUCUGCUGCUGCUGCUGCAGGUUCUGCUGCAGCAGCAGCAGCAGCAGCAGCAGCAAGGCUGAGCAGCGCUUCUGUGGCCUCUUCCAGGCUUUUCUUUGGUUCUUUAAUAAGUAGAAUUUCGAAUUGUUUUGGAGCAGCAGCUGCUGCUGAGAGCUGCAGCAAGCUGCUGUGCGGGAGCCUGCGCAGGCUGCUGCUGCUGCUGCUGCAGCAGCAGCGGCAGCAGCUGCUGCUGCGCUUCUGCCCAGACCUCAUGGAGAGAUACACCCACAGCCUCAGCAGGGGAUUUUUCAAAGCUGAGAGACACAGUGUACAUACAGCUGACGGCUACCAGAUCUUUCUUUACAAGUUGCUGCGGGUCACUUGCUGCUGCUGCAGCAGCAGCUGCUGCUGCGAAGAAAUUGACCCGGGGGCAGCAGCAGCAGCAGCACGCGCUGCUGCUGCUGCUCUUGCUGCAGCGCCCACGCCGCCGCCCGCAGCAGGGCACCUCGAGCCCUCCCCAGCAGCGGACACCCGCAGCAGCAGCAGCAGCAGCAGCAGCAGCAGCAGCAGCAGCAGGCUGGCAGCAGACUGCAGCGGGAAAGUCUUCUUUUUUACCCACGGGCUGCUGGAGUCUUCUCUUAAUUGGAUCAGCAGCGGGUGGCUUUCUUUGCCUUUUGCUGCAGCAGCAAAAGGGGGAGAAGUCUGGCUUGCAAACUCCAGGGGCAACGAGUACACCCGGCACCUGCAGCAGCAGCAGCAGCAGCAGCAGCAGCAGCAGCAGCAGCAGCAGCAGGUAGCGGGGGGAAGCGGCUUCUCCUUGUGGACGCUGCACGCCUUCAUUGCUGAGCAGCAGCUGCUCCUGCAGCAAGCCCAGCAGCAGCAGCAGCAGCAGCAGCAGCACGAGCAGAACCAGCAGCAGCAGGAACAGCAGCAGCAGCAGCAGCAGCAGCAGCUUGCUGCUGAUGAAGAGGUUUGCUCUCUAUUCUGCUGCCGCUGCAGCGGCCUUACGCCGCUGCCACAACUGCGGGGAAAGCCCCAAGAGCAGCAGCAGCAGCUGCUGCUAAAUGCAUGCAGAGAGGCUUCCAUCUUGCUGCUGAAGAUGCGCUGGAGCAGGCAAGUAGCCACGCAGCAGCAGCAGCAGCAGCAGCAGCAGCAAGAGCAGCAGCAGCAAACUGGCCAUGCAAGGGACGCCUCUUUUGCUUCUUUUUGCUUUGCGGAUGAAGGGCCCACAGAUGCUGCUGCUGCUGCUGCUGCUGCUGCUGCUGCGGGUGGCUGCGCAGCUGCCACUGUGUGUACCCCCAAUUGCUGCUCAGUGGGGGGCGAUUUGCUGCAGCUGCUGCGCUGCUGUGAGGGCGCAGACCAGCAGCAGCAGCAGCAGCAGCAGCAGCAGCAGCAGCAGCAGCAGCAGGGGAGCGACGAAGGGUUGGGUUCGGACUUUUCUGCUUCUACAAGAGGCAGCGCAUGCAACCCUUCUCGCAGCAGCAGCUUGAGAAGCGAUGUGCAGCAGCAGCAAGCUGCUGCUGCUGCUGACGAUAUAGCCGUUGCAGUUGCUGCUGCUGCUGCUGCUGCUGCUGGGGAGCAGCAGGCCGUUGGCCCAGCGCAAGACUCUCAAGGAGCCCCGCGCUGCUGCUUUGGGCUGAACCGCAGCAGCAGCAGCAGCUGCCGCAGCAGCAGCUGCCGCAGCAGCCGCAGCAGCAGCAGCAGCAGCAGCUGUCCGCGCAUCUGCAGCAGCAGCAGCGAGGCGCCGCCCUUUGCCUUCGACGCAGCAGCAGCAGCAGCUUCUUGGUCCUUCAACGAAAUGGCCCUUUAUGAUUGUCCUGCGCAGCUGCAGUACAUCUGCAGCAAUUCGCGCGUGCUGCAGCAAAUGCGCAGCAAAGCCUUAGCAGCAGCAAAGACACGCAGCAGCAGCAGCAGCAGCAGCAGCAGCAGGUGCAGUUGCCAACGCAGCAGCACCACCAGCAGCAACAACGCGUGCAGCUGCAGCGCCGCCAACCACAGCACCAGCAGCAGCAGCAGCAGCAGCAGCACCAGCAGCAGCAGCAGCAGCAGCAGCAGCAGCAGCAGCAGCAGCAGCAGCGCGUUUGGGGGGGGCAUUAUCUGCGUGGGGCAGUCUCAAGGUGCAGCACAGCUGCUGAUUAGUUUUUCAGUUUGUCCUUCUUUGUGUCUUUUGUGUCCUUGUGGGGUUUUGUUUUCUCCGCCGCUGCUGCUGCAGCCGCUGCAGCAGCUGCCGCGUGCUGCGCUGCUGCUGCUGCAGCUCGGCAGCAAACGCCCUGCUGCUGUCUUGGGGGCCCUCAAGCUUGCUGUCAAGCUGCUGCCGGGGGCCCUUUUAGCAGCAGCAGGAGAUGCUCUUGUGGGGGCCCGCAGCAGCAGCAGCAUGUGCUUCUACAGUUCCCAGCUGCAGCAGCAGCAGCUGAUCAUCAACUUCACGCACACGCCCUCAGGGGGCACCUCGCGCCAAAAUUUCGCUCACUGGCUGCAGCAGCUGCGCAGCACAAAACCCUUGUCAACUUUGGCUUCUGCUGCUGCUGAGCCUCCCAGCGGUGCAGCAGCAGCAACUGCAGCAGCAGCAGCAGCAGCAGCAGCAGCAGCAGGACUGCCUGAGCUGAUAGUGCCGCGAGGCCGAUACCCCAUAGAAAGAAUCCGCAGCAAACUUUUUGUAUUUCUUGGAACAGAUGACAAUCUCGUGAUGCCGGAGGCAAGUGCUGCUUACCUCCGGCGCUGCCUGCCGCAGCAGCAGCUGCAGCUGCUGCUGCUGCAGGGCCUGGGGCAUUUAGACUGCGGCUGGGGGGGCCCCCGUGUCUUUGACAUGAACGCUUUGCUGCAGCAAAUCACUAGCUGCAGCAGCAGCAGCAGCAGCAGCAGCAGCAGCAGCAGCUGCUGCAGCAGAUCGUCGGCCCCUGAUUUUGGCUGA